ACCCGUUUGGCCCUGCAGGGACCGGGGCGGCUUCUGCUGCCCGGGCCUUCAGCUGUCCCUCUGUCGGUCCAGCUGCUGCCCAGGCGCCCCCCCUCUACCUCUCCCAGCGCGCGGCUUACAUCGCUCCCCCUCCUGCCCCUCCUCCCCUUCCUCCUCCCCUCCUCCUCAUUCCCUCCUCCUCACGCUCCUCCUCCUGCUCCCGCUGAUGCCAGGGCUGCUGCUCCUGCCGCGGACCGCGCUGACGCCAGCGGGACCGACCAAGGGCCGAAGGGCCGGGCAGGCGCCUCGGAGAGCGGAGGCACGGGGCUGCCAGGUGAUCCUCCCCUGAAGGACAAAAGGAGACAUGGAAGGACACAAAUGCUACUCCAGGGAAUUUUACGGCCAAUACGCCCAAAGCCAAGACAAGUCAGUUGUGAAUAAGAUGCAACAGAAGUAUUGGAAAACAAAGCAAGCCCUCAUCAAGGUGACGGGGAAGAAGGAAGACGAGCACGUGGUGGCCUCUGACGCAGACCUGGACGCCAAACUUGAGCUGUUCCACUCCAUCCAGAGGACGUGUAUGGAGCUCCUCAAAGCCAUAGAACUCUACCAGAAGAGGAUUUGCUUCUUGUCCCAAGAAGAGAGUGAGCUGGGGAGAUUUCUUCGCUCCCAGGGUUCGCAGGACAAAACCCGAGCAGGGAAGAUGAUGCAGGCCACAGGGAAGGCGCUGUGUUUCUCCUCUCAGCAAAGGCUGGCCUUGCGGAGCCCUUUGUGUCGACUCUACCAGGAAGUGGAGACAUUUCGGUACCGGGCCAUCUCUGAUACCUGGCUGACCGUGAAUCGUAUGGAACAAUAUCGGACUGAGUACCGAGGUGCUUUGCUGUGGAUGAAGGACGUGUCUCAGGAGCUUGACCCAGACCUUUUCAAGCAAAUGGAGAAGUUUCGGAAGGUCCAAGCCCAAGUGCGCCAUGCAAAGCUCAACUUCGACCAACUCAAGAAUGACGUGUGUCAAAAAGUGGAUCUCCUUGGAGCGAGCAGAUGUAACCUCCUGUCCCAUGUGCUCACAACGUAUCAGACCACUUUGCUUCAUUUCUGGGAGAAAACCUCACACACCAUGGCAGCCAUUCAUGAGAGUUUCAAAGGUUACCAGCCCUAUGAGUUCACCAUGUUGAAGAGCUUACAGGAUCCUGUGAACAAGUUAAUAGAAAAUGCUGAGAAGGAACACGCCCAGAAGCAGAAGCCAGGGAGUGCGCCCCAGCAGCCAGAGCCGUUGAUAUCACUGGACGUGGAGAACCCUGACGAGAAAUCCUCUUACCUAACUGAGGACGGAAGGAAGGCCUUCUCCACCUUAGAAGGGGAGUGUGACCGCGUCCCAUGCUCAGGGGCCAUUGAUGAGCUGGUAGACCUGAAGCUGUCCGGGAUAGAUGCCUUGGAGUCUGAAGUGACUGAUAAGGACGACAUGCAGCUGCUUAAUGAGAUUCUCAAUGCAUCUUCCCUGGAUGAGGGAGACUUCAGCAAAGAGUGGACGGCCGUCUUUGGGAAUAAGCAGACCCCAGAGCCCACAGCCACGUCGGUGCCAGGAGAGCCAGAAGCCGGCCCACCUCCAUCGUCAAGUUUCCUCCCGUCCCAGCUCCUAGACAAAAGCAUGCAUGACUUACAGUCAUCCCUCCAAGGCUGGAGAGAGAGCCCGGGCAGCCCCCCACCCAUCUCAAAGCCUGCGGUGGUCCCCAAGCCCCCCAGCCAGAGCAGCAGAGCGCCCCCCGCGAAAGAACCCGAGAAGAACGCCCGAGACCUGACCGCCUGGUUCAGCCUCUUUGCCGACCUGGACCCGCUGUCCAACCCAGAUGCUGUCGGGAAAACGGAUAAGGAGCACGAACUGCUCAAUGCCUGAGCCGCCAUCCGAGGGCCGCCACGCGGUGGCCAAUGUCCUGUGUGAAUGUUCCUGUGCCGUGACAAUAAAGGGGGGGCAGAAGCCCUGUUAUAUUGCUAUGGA